AUGGCCGCGUCGGAGCUGAUCCGGGACGACGCCGAUGUGCGCCCCCAUGUGGAAGUUAACGUGACCACAAUAAAUCCCGAGGCACCUCCGAGUGUUGCCAACGGUAACCCGACCCGCCACGACUCCCCGACGCCGCCCCCCGCCGACGACGCCCACGACGGCAAAAAGCAGCAGCCGGAGGGCAGCAGACUGAGCAACCUGCUGAAACAGAACCAGCUGAUCCACUCGCUGAGCAGCGGGCUGCGGCGGCACUGCGACUACGUGAAGAUCGUCAUGCCGGAGGAGCGGGCCAACCACCUCCCCAAGGAGUGGUGGAAGACGGGCGUGGCCUUCCUCUACGCCCUGUUCAUCCUCGUCUUCACCACUGUCAUCAUCACCGUCGUCCACGAGAGGGUGCCGGACAAGUCAGUGAGCCCGCCGCUGCCCGACAAGUUCUUCGACUACGUGGACCGCGUGCCCUGGGCCUUCACCGUCACCGAGGUCAACGGGCUCAUCCUCUGUGGACUCUGGCUUGUCCAGCUGCUCUUCCUCAAACACAAAGCGAUCGUGGGUCGUCGCUGUUUCUUCCUGAUCGGGACGCUCUACAUGUAUCGCUGCGUCACCAUGUACAUCACCACGCUGCCGGUACCUGGGAAACACAUGGUCUGCGCUCCAAAGCUGUACAACGACUCCACGGGGAAGAUCUGGAGGAUUCUGAGGCUCAUCUCAGGAGGAGGUUUGUCUCUGACCGGAAAUCACCUCAUGUGUGGUGACUUCCUGUACAGCGGCCACACCGUCAUGUUGACGCUCUCCUACCUCUUCAUCAAAGAGUACUCUCCUCGCUGGAUGUGGUGGUACCGCUGGUUCUGCUGGUUGCUCAGCGCCUCGGGAGUCCUCUGCAUCCUGAUCGCUCACGAGCACUACAGCAUCGACGUGGUGGUCGGAUACUUCGCCACCACCAGGACCUUCUGGUGGUACCACACCAUGGCCAACACACACGCGCUGCGUCAAGCUCCCAACAACUACCUGUCGAGGACGUGGUGGAACCCCGUCUUCAACUUCCUGGAGAGGAACGUCCAGACGACGGUUCCCGUCGUGUUCUCGUGGCCGGUGGCGCUGCCUUCGUCCUGCAGGCAGCGCUACAGGAUGGUGGAGGCGGGGAGGGACGAGUGACCCCGACGCUGAGACAGAAAGACGGAGGACUUUAACAUCAGUUUAUUUAUUUAUUUAGAACCAGCAUUUCCAGCUCUCUCCUGAGGAAGAGACGUUUACCUUAUCAUGAUCGCCAGUUUAAUCCCCAAAAAAGGUCACCGUGCGGUUCAUCAUCCUACCGGAUCUGACGUGAAACGUUCAGACUCACGUGGACGAUGAACUUCCAACAGGAAGAAGACAAGUCGUUAAAAGUUUCACUUCACUGCCGGAUGCUGCUCUCGUCCUCAUCACAUCUUUGUCUUAUUCUCUGUUACUUGAUUGUAAACACAAACGCUGUUGCUCUCUCUGGAUGGUUCAGCAGCAGGAACCAUGAAAGGAAACAUCGUGAGGCUUGUGACGGUUUAUCAUCACGCCGUUCGUUGGAGGUUUACUCGCCGUGCUUCUGACGCGUCUUUGGUUGCAGCCGUAUUUUCGAUCCGUGCAUGUUAUCUAUCAUAACAAACAUCUCUGUCUCGAUCUAAUUUAACAUUUAAAUUAGUUUCAAGUGCCCAAAAGAGUUUCAGAAAAGUGCUAGUAAGUCCAAACUACCGAUUCUGACAAAAUGGAGUUAAACUUCCAACCUGCUGCCGUAGAUGUGGAGGGAUGAAACAGCAACAGAUGAACCAGCUGAGGAGGUGAAAAGCAGCUUUCACAAUACAGGAAUUAUCACGACGAUGCUUACUAACUGCUAGCACAGGGAUGUGUUUGCUUUUAGCGUCUACGUGUAGACAGACAGCUGGGAUACCAGUGUUAAUGCCUGUAAUGUGUGUGGACCUGGAGGACUAAAACGUGUCGCCACUAGGGGGCAGAUUAGAGUCAAAUCACACCAGAAUAUCUUUCAGAAGAACUUCCAAAUGUCCAUAAACAUGAACAGAACUAAACACGGUGACAUAACUGGUGCAGUGUGACCUGCAGAAAUCACACACCUAACACGAAGAGGUUUGGAUGUCACAAAAGGUUGUGCAGAAACAGAACCUGAAUUUCUUAAAUGUCAAAUGUUGUAAACGCAAGCAGCCGUACAAGAACUCGUCUAAAUAAAUAACAGCCUGAAAUUGGAAGAAUUGGGAUUUAAAUCAGGAACUAUCUAGUUAUGAGAAUGAAACUACAAUCUAAUCAGAAUUUCUGAAACUUUUAGUUUUCGUUUUCGGUGUUACAAACGUGAUUCGGGCCGAUAGUAGGGAUGCUAAUUUUAAACAUUUUCAUAACCGAUAACCGACCCUCGUUAACCGAUUAUUAACCGUUAACCGACAAGAUUAGUGCGU